UUCAUGCGUUCCAAUUUUGUCAUAAUUGUCUGUAGGUUCUAAAUUGUCUAUCAGUUUGGCUGUUCUUCAGAAAGUAGCUAAUACUUGUACUCUACAGCUGUAUUUUCCUACAGUUAAUAAUAAUACUAGCAACAAAACAGAUUUAAUUCCUUAAAAUGAUAUUGCCAGAUGGAAGAAAAUAACAAGCUUGAGAGAUCAUCCCGGACUUUGCCCCCUCUGCUGUAGCUGAGACGUCCCUGGGAGACAUAGUCUUAUUGUUCUAUGAUGUUUCUGACACUGAGACAGUCAGAGCCUUGUCCCAGUCUCUAGACCUGCCUGUCUGUGUGGUGGAUGACCUCCUGCCCUCUGAAGCUGUCAAUGAGAUGGAACAGAGCAAUUCUGCCAGGAGCAGAGCAACCUCAGUGACGGAAACCACAGAAGAGGGAAAGCUCAACAGUGUGGAAGAUCUGACACUUAUGGACUUCCUUCAAAACCUAACUGAGAAGCAAUGGAGGGGGAUUCGUGAGGGCAUGUUUGACCCGCUGACAAAACAACAGCUUGCCGGCUUGUGUCUGAGGAUUGACCAGUUUUUAUCGGACAAGCUGAUGCAGAUCAUCAUCCCAGGUCUUUACGAACUACUGGGCAUCCAAGAUGCUGCCUCCUCUCAAUUGUCACAGAGAUCUCUCACAGCGUCACUCACCAGCCUGUUAGACGAUAAGGCUAACACCAAGUCCCGUGUGAGAUUUACUGAGGCUGGUGUACCUAAGAGGCCAGGCAGACGAAAGUCUUACAAUAGCUUUCGCAUCCCGACUCCCUACCCUUCCUCCAACUGUAUGGAGCAAAAAGAGGAAGAAGAGCAGGAAUCACAACAACAUAAGUUCAAUGAGUUUUACCUGACUAAGGAGAUGGGCAGUCUGGGCAGUGGAAGCUACCUGCCCAAGGGGGCCAUGAGGUAUGUUCUUAAAGGGAAAUGUAACAACUUCAUAUUCAUCUCCAGCAUCACCAUAUGUGAAAAUUACACAUUUCCCUGCUUUGUAGUAAAAAAGGAUAGAGGAACGUAACUGUUUCCAAUAGUGCUGAGAGAUUAGUGCUUUUUGAGGUUGAUUUGGUUUCGAUUCAAAUAUUUAAAAAAUAAUCACGGUUUUUGAUUUCAAUAAUUUUUGUAGAUAUUGAAUGCACUAUGGAUUAUGUGGGUUGAAUGCUGUAACAACACAGAAUAAAAAUAUUGAUAAAAGUCCCAUUUGGGUAGUGACUGC